GUGGAGCUGAGCCUCUGCAGCUGCCACCUCCCCCUCCUCCACCACCCUUGCCUGUUUCCAAUGGGGCCACCCAUUCCCUGUCCCCUCUGCCCGCGGCACUCUCAGCUGCCCUUGUCCUUGCCACCUCCGCCGCCCUGCUUGCUCUCACUCUCCUGUAG